AUCUUAAACGACAAUUAUAAAAAGAAGCGGGAAAAACUCGGAAUUGUUAAAAAAAAAUUUAACCAAGUAAAAAAUCAGCGACGUCUUAAAUUUAAUGAAUUUUUUAAUUCUGUUGCCGAGCAAAUUGAUGGAAUAUUCAAAAAUUUAUACAAGAAUCCAGCGGCUCAAGCAUGUAUUAAUGUUGAAAAUGUUGAAGAGCCUUAUUUAGAUGGUAUCGAGUUUAGCUGCAUAAUUCCUAAAAAAAAAUUUGUUCCAAUGCAGAAUUUAUCUGGAGGUGAAAAGACAAUGUCUGCCGUAGCUUUAUUAUUAGCCAUUUAUCGGGUGAAACCCGCUCCAUUUAUUAUUUUCGACGAGAUAGAUGCUGCUUUAGAUAAUGCUAAUAUAAAUAAAAUAGCGAAUCAUUUGUUGCAAUUGAAGUCAUCAAUGCAAAUCAUUAAUAUUAGUCAUCAUGAACUACUUUCUAGUUGUGCAGAUACAAUAAUUGGAAUAAACAUAUCACCCCGGACAAAUUCGACCUACGUUGUACACGUGAAGCUUGGUCAAUACCAAAAAAAAACCAUAAUAUCAAAGUGCAUUAAAAAUACUUUGAAGGAAAAGCCUCAACUUUUAAAGGCUAGAAUGGAGAAUUACUCAAUGGUGGAAUAAAAUUUUUCCUCGUGCUUGACGGUUAUAAGAAAAUUUCGUAUAAAAAAUUAUUAUUAUUAUACAAUUUUUGUACAAACUUCGAAAUAUCAACUAAUCUGUAAAAGUUGUAUU